UAUACGACGGUGGAUCAUUGUUAUGAUUGCGUGAUUGUCGGAGCAGGUGGAGCAGGAUUGAGAGCGGCCUUUGGCUUGGGAAGUAAGGGAUAUCGUGUGGCUGUAAUCACGAAACUAUUUCCAACAAGAUCGCACACUGUCGCGGCUCAAGGGGGAAUAAAUGCCGCUAUCAGCGCGCAACAUGAGGACAAUUGGCUUUAUCACAUGUACGACACUGUCAAGGGUUCAGAUUGGCUGGGCGAUCAGGAUGCCAUUCAUUUUUUGACCCGUGAAGCACCAAAGGCCGUUUUUGAACUCGAAAACUUUGGAUGUCCAUUCAGUCGAACGGAGGAAGGGAAAAUUUAUCAGAGAGCCUUCGGCGGGCAAACAUUAAAAUACGGCAAAGAAGGUCCUGCUUUUCGAACCUGUGCCGUGGCAGACCGCACAGGACAUUCCGUUCUACAUACACUUUACGGACAAAGUCUUAAGUACAGUGUCAAUUAUUUCGUCGAAUAUUUCGCACUCGAUCUUCUAUUUCACGGACAAUGUUGCAAGGGAGUUUUAGCUUUGGAACUCGAGACCGGUCUUUUGCAUCGUUUUCGAGCUCAUCACACGAUAUUGGCAACUGGGGGGUCAGGACGUUGUUUUUUUUCUUGUACCGGUGCUCAUACGUGCACAGGUGAUGGAAUGGCUAUGGCUUCUAGGGCAGGUCUUCCUCUCCAGGAUAUGGAAUUUAUUCAGUUUCAUCCAACUGGCAUUUACGGAAGUGGAGUACUAAUGACCGAAGGAUGCAGAGGUGAGGGUGGAAAACUGGUGAAUUCGAAUGGUGAUUUUUUUAUGGAAAAUUAUGCACCAACUGCCAAGGAUCUUGCAUCGCGCGACGUUGUAUCAAGAGCAAUAACAAUGGAAAUUUUAGAAGGAAGAGGAGUUGGAGAGAGAAAAGAUCACAUUUAUUUGCAACUUAAUCAUCUACCCACUGAAGUAAUUCGAACAAAAUUGCCCGGAGUUUCACAUUUAGCUUGGGUUUUCGCUGGUGUUAAUACUGAGAAAGAACCAGUGCCUGUAAUUCCAACUGUACACUAUAAUAUGGGAGGAAUUCCCACGAAUUACAAAACACAAGUUCUCACGAGAGAAAACGAAGAAGACAAGCCUUUAGCCGGUCUUUGGGCAAUAGGUGAAACUGCGAGUACUUCAGUUCAUGGUGCCAAUAGACUUGGGGCAAAUAGUCUCUUAGAAAUUGUUGUUUUCGGAAAAGCUGUCGCUGAGGAAAUUGAAAUGUUAACGAAACCAGGUGAACGCCAUGAAGAGACCUCACCGAAUCUGGGAGAUGAAGCGAUUUCUCGUUUUGAUGCAACUCUUCAUUCAAGUGGUGAUAUUCCGGUGUCAAUUUUACGAGACAAUAUGCAAAGAACAAUGCAAAAAUAUUGUGCUGUGUUUCGCACGUGCGAUGUCCUUCAGAGAGGUUGCAGAGAUAUAUCUCGAUUAUACAUGUGCGACUUACCAAACAUUUGCAUUCAAGAUCAGUCUCUCAUAUGGAAUACUGAAUUAGUGGAAGCUCUGGAAUUGCAAAAUCUUCUACUUAAUUGUUUACACACUGUAUAUUCAGCAGAAAAUCGAAAGGAGAGUCGAGGAUCUCAUGCCAGAGAUGAUUUUAGAUCGAGAAUCGAUGAAUAUGAUUAUACGAAACCAAUUGAGGGUCAAGAAAAGUUACCUUUGGAUAAACAUUGGAGAAAACACACACUUUCUUGGGCUGCUGAUGAUGGUUCUAUGAGUAUUUCUUAUCGCCCUGUAAUUGAUACAACUUUGGAUGAAGAAGAAGCUCAACAUGUACCCCCAGCAAUUCGCACAUAUUGAAUUGGCUUUAGAAAAAUUUCAAGUACAAUUUUAAUUUGAAAAGUAGCCUUAUUGUAAAAGAUCAUUUGAAAAAUCUAUAAGAAUUAAAACAUUUUAAUUAUUUUCUCACGGAAAUGUGCUUCAUUUUUAAAUAAUUAUUCAUUUAAAUAGUUUUUUAUUUAUACUUGUGCAUUGGUUGUUACUUUUCCUUUGUUUUUUAUUAUUUUCAAGUUUCAAAUUUUCCCGCAUUUCUAUUUAAAGCAUGUGCAGUUCGUUUGCGCAUAACAAAAAUUAAUAAAAAUAAAAAGUUAUUUCAUUUUAUUAUAAAAGC